ACUUACUAGUAGCAGCAGCAUAUAUAUAUAUAUAUAUAGUGCUUUUUCCUGGAUCAAUUAUGGCAUUACGCUUGAUCAUCUUCAUCCUCAUACUUGGCCUGCAGGUUGAAGCUCGAGUUCUAAGGCUAAUUUCAUCCGAAUCCGAUGAUAUAGAUCAUGAUUUGAUAUUAUUAUCAGAUGGAGUUGAUAAUGUGAAGAACAGCCAGUCUCUCAGUCUGACACCUUCACCCAAAUGUGUUCACGUCUAUGGCUUCUUUCCAUGUGCAGAAAACAUUGGAGGCUACAUUUUCUUGAUAGCUGUGUACCAGUUGCUUCUGGUUUUAGGAGAGAAGCUGGUGACAGAGGGAAGCAAUACAAUGUUCAACAUCCUUGGCACUGGCUUUUUUGGUGCUACUGUUUUCAACAUCCUCAAAACCUUGCCCAGAAUUGUCAUGGUCAUUGCAUCUGGGGUGUUCACCAGCAAAACGAAAGCCCAGGAGCAGGUCUCGUCUGGGCUUAGCACUAGCGUUGGAGCCACGGUUUUCAAUCUCACAUUGAUGUGGGGAAUAUGUGUAAUUCUUGGCAAGACAACUGUGUCGUCGUCUAAACCAUCUUCGUCUUCUUCACAAAAUGCAGAGCCUUCAUCUCUCAAAUGUCUGCACAUCUUAAGGGAUACUGGUAUUACGAUAGACAAGAAGACUACCUACACUGCUGGAAUCAUGCUUCUGUCUACUAUUCCAUUUAUUCUGGUGCAGCUAGUAAGUAGCUUCAGCUCGAUGUUCGAAAGGCGAAUCAUGGUCUCCAUUGCACUCGUCAUAUCAAUCGUUUUGUUGCUGUCGUACUUCGUGUAUCAGGCUAUGAAUCCAUGGAUUCAGGAGAGAAGUUUGGAGUAUUCAAAGUAUGAAAACUUGUUGGCUGGGUUCCUGAAUCAUGUGCAGAGGCAUGCAGGAGGGAAGCUGAUCAAUGAGGAAGGCCAACCCGACAUUCAUCUCAUCAAAAGAUUGUUCUCUGAAACAGAUAAAGAUGCGAGCAAGUCGCUUACGCUUACUGAACUGGAGAAUUUGGUGCAUAAUAUGCAGUGUGGAGUGGUUGAGGUGGACAGAAGCUAUGCUCUUUCUAAAAUAUUGGCAUCAUUUGAUCAAAACAAGGAUGAAGAAAUCGACGAGGCAGAGUUCAUUCAAGGCUGUGUGAACUGGAUAGAGGAAGCCAAGCAGUUAGCAGUGAAGAAUGACACAACCACCGCAAGGCAUUUGAGCCAGGUGGUUGAACAAGUAACAAAGAGGCAAAGAGAGGAAAUUGCACAAAUUGAGCAUCUCAUGGCAAGAAUCUUGAAACAUGUUCAAGGCCAUGCUCUUGAAGCUGAACAUCUGCUCAGAGAUGAUGGGAGCCCCAACAUCGAACGCAUUCAACAACUCUUCCGCGAAUAUGACUGUGAUGGGAACAGCUACAUCACCCGAGCUGAGCUGCAGAAGCUAAUCAUGACAGUAAAAUUCGGAGAAGCAGUGCAGCUGGACUGUGAGUACUCGGUGAAGAAAGUGAUGAGAGAGUUCGACAGAGAUGGAAACGACAUGAUUGAUCAGCACGAGUUCGUUCAUGGGAUGACCCGAUGGCUUGAUGAGGCGAUUCGUGUCUCCAAAUGCAGUGACAAGAGAAAGGCCAUCGAUGAGUUUGAUAAGAUAAAGUGGGGAGAAAUUGACAAAUUGGUGUAUGAAGUGGAGCCAAAUGAGAAGAUACACAACAAGAUACUGACAUGGGCAUUCAACAAAUCAUUGCUUCAAGUUGUGUUUGGGGUGGCUAUCUUGACCAUGUGUGCAAAGCCAUUGGGGAUAAGUAUCCAGCAGCUCUCCGACGCCAUGGGGAUUCCUUCGUUCCUCAUCCCCUUCGUGGUAGUCCCCCUCGCCCUCAACACGAGAAUGGCGGUCUCAGCCAUCUUCCCCAUCAGUCAGAAGAGUUCCAAGACAGCUUCUUUGACAUUUUCUGAGAUAUACGGUGGGGUGGUGAUGAAUAACCUGAUGGGGAUGACGACGCUAUUGGCAAUAGUAAUCGCGAAGGACCUGAGGUGGGACUACUCGGCUGAGGUGCUGACAGUGCUUGUGGUGUGUGGCAUUGUUGGUUUUCUGGCAUUGUUUCGAACAACUUACCCGCUAUGGACUUGCUUGCUCGCGUUCUUCCUCUACCCGUUUUCUGUGCUGCUCUUCUAUGUUCUUGAGUAUGUGUUAGGCUGGGAUUAGGAUGAAUGAAUGAAUGAAAUUUUGCAGUAAUAUAAUAAUGUUUAGGUAAGUACUGUACUGAGUGUAUGUGUAUCCCAGCAUGCAAUAAGCUAGACUUAAUUGUUAGCUAGUUUUAAUGCUUCCUUAGCUUGAACAAGUGUUGAUGUAAAGAAGAAGCUGGAUUGUCAUGCCUGGUGAACUGUAUGUAGUUCACUGUUUC